AUGGCUGAAACACAUUGCAGGAGUAAAUAUCAUACUGAUGGGUAUGAAAGUCACACAGACAUGGUGGCAUAAUGAAUUAUAAGGAUUGCUGAAUUACAAUGCAUUUGAAAGAAAUGCUGCAAUCCAAUAGUCAAGUAUUUUGUAUAACAUUUUCUGCACUGCUAGUUGCUUUAAUAUAACCAUUAAAAUAUGAACGAUUUGCUCCUAAACCAAAGAUCACUAUUAAGAAUCACUUUAAAUGGUGAUUCAUCACUAUGGUGUCCAAAUGGAUAGAAUCACAGUGGUACAUGCUGUUUCUACCAUUUUGCCUUUUUUGUAGGCGUCCUGUUAGGUCCAACCACUCUAACUACUGGUAAUAUACAGUAUCCUUUUUCCCAUCAUGUUGGCAACCACAGGUUUCAUUAUUAUGCUAGUAGACUGAUAGAAACCACAGAAGAGGACAAUUGUGUUAUUUGACACAUAACAGGAGACUUGUGCUCUCAGCAUACUAGCAUCAUAACCAUCACUAUAGUGGACUGUGUUAGUUAUCGUACUUAGAGUGACCAUUUAAAAUAGUAUCAGACUAUUAUUUACAUAUUUAGGUUUUGUUUUGCAGUUUUACAGUAACAUACAACUUUUCUCCUUGACCAGGUGCGCCGCAUUGUUAAAGAAGAUGAGGCAAUUGCUAAAGUAAAAGCAGAGGAGACACAGUCAAUUGCUGAUGAUGCUCAACGAGAUCUUGAUGAAGCUAUGCCAGCUCUUGAUGCAGCCAAUAAGGCUCUGGACUCGCUGGACAAAGCUGACAUUUCAGAAAUUCGAGUGUUCACUAAACCCCCCGACCUUGUAAUGACAGUCAUGGAAGCAAUAAGCAUCUUACUGAAUGCAAAGUGAGAACUCAACAUACUCUUUUUACUUAACAUUUUUUCUUAAACAUCUCUAUUUCAUAACUUUGUGUAGAAAACUGUAUUUAUUUUCCUUGUUUAGGUAAACUAAAGGGACAGUCUAAACAAUUUUAUCCUUUCUGUAAGAGUGCAACUUUACAUUGCACUUACCGAACUAAUGUUUUUAUCCUCACAUUGGCACACUAUGUUUGCAUUUCUCCCUCUCUUACCUAUGUACAAAUGAGAUAAGAGAGAACCCCAAAAGGCUACAUCGUUUAAAGAAACCCAUAUGAGCCUGCAAUCAAGUUAUAUUUUGUUAGUGCAAUAAUACCACCAGCCUUCCAUAGAGUCUACAGUUCUAUACUAUUACAUGUAUUUUUUCCCUAGAUUGCACCCUGGACAGCUGUGUUUUUAGGACUGCUUUUGGAAUCACUAUUCCAGAUAUAUAAUCCAGUUAUCUGAAUAAUUUAUGUUCUGAUUUAUUUCAAUGCUGAUUCUGGGUUUGUGUUAUAGGAAUGCAAUAGAAAAUGUUGUAAUAAUAUUGAAAAUUAAGUGAUGCCAUUAGUCCCAAAUGUAUUUAACAUAGAACUUAGCAGGGUCUGCGCUAUCUUCAUAGUCUGCUGAAUACAUGAGAAUUGAAUUUAAUAAAUGAGAAUUUAGUUUAAUAAUUGCCAAAUCUGUCAAUUCUUGAUUAAAAAAAGACUAGAAUGUGGAUUAUAUAUAUUUGUAUAUUUUACUUAUAAGAAUUGUGGUGAGAUAAAAAAGUAACCAGAUUAUUCUGAAAUGUACUAUUGUACAUUAUGUACACAUCUUAAAGGGACACUAUAGUCACCAGAACAACAACAGCUUAUUGACUUUGUUAAGGUGAGUAGAAUCAUUACCUUCAGGCUUUUUGCUGUAAACAUUGUCUUUUCAGAGAAAAUGCAGUGUUUACAUUACAGCCUAGUGAUAACUUCACUGGCCAUUCCUCAGAUAGCUGUUAGAGAUCCUUCCUGGGUCAUGGCUGCCUAAAAUGCAUCCAAACAUUCAGUAUCUCCCCCUCUGCAUGCAGACACUGAACUUUCCUCAUAGAGAUUCAUUGAUUCAAUUCAUCUUUAUGAGGAGAUGCUGAUUGGCCGGGGCUGUGUUUGAAUCAUGCUGGCUCUGCCCCUGAUCUGCCUCUUUGUCAGUCUCAGCCAAUCCUAUGGGGUAGCACUGUGAUUGGAUCAGGCUACCACUUCUGAUGAUGUCAGCAGACUGCUUGUUUUUGUUAGGCAAACAGCAUGCAGAGUUAUAGCUUCUGGCUUGAAUACAGUAAGAUGUUACUGUAUUUAUGGAGGCAUGAGGGGCCCGGGGGGGGGACUAGAUUGUGGUGUUAACACUAUAGGGUCAGGAAUACAUGUUUGUGUUCCUGACCCUAUAGUGAUCCUUUAAAUGUUAUAUUUAUACAAUUAUCCUAGAAUGCCAUGCAAAGAUGCACUGUUUUAAAAUAUAUAUUGGACAUCUAACAAUGAACAGUGCAGCUUUAAUUUUGGAAAUUUGACAAAAUUGAUAGCCAUCUGUGCUUAUUUGCAUGUUAAGCAUGGUAUUCUUGGUAAAAUUAUUUGAAGUUUUGCCUUGGGAUAUGUAUAUUAUACACAACAGUACAUUGUAUUUCUUCAUUUCAUAGAAGGCUUAAUUUGGCUACAGUCUGUCUGUAGGAAUAGCACACGUGCUUAUAUAAUAGAACAAACAAGAACAUAUUUCAAAAUAAUCAUGCUUCACUUUUCAGGCCUGACUGGUCAUCAGCAAAACAACUACUUGGAGAUUCAAAUUUCCUCAAACGGCUUUUAGAAUAUGACAAAGAAAAUAUAAAGCCUCAGAUAUUGAUGAAACUACAGAAAUACAUAGCAAAUCCAGAAUUUGUGCCAGAGAAGGUUGAGAAGGUCUCUAAGGCAUGUCGUUCCAUGUGUAUGUGGGUGCGAGCCAUGGAUUUGUAUUCAAGAGUGGUGAAAGAUGUGGAACCAAAAAAAAAAAAGCUUGCAGCAGCACAGGUACUACUUUUGGUUUUCAAUACAUAGGAAACAUUGCAUAUGUCAAGAUAUUAAGUAAAACCUCAGUGCUUAGAUGUCCAACUCUUAGACUUCCAAACAUAAAUGCAACUGUAUUAUACCUGACAAAAUCUCAAUUAAACUUUGAACAUUGACUUGAUUCAGUAUAUUCAUAAGGAAGAGUUGCUUCCCAGCAAGAACGAAUGAUGUGCCUUUUUAUGGAUGUGUAGAAGAAAAAGAAUAAAGAAUUGAUAUAAGCACCCUAACCACUUCCAGCCAUUGUAGUGGUUAUGGGGCAAAGAUUUGUUGAGUACUAUCUGAUAUUUUCAAGUGGUUAGACAAAAGAAUGUGCUUAAACCUCACUUGCGGGUGACUUAGCUUGGUUGAAAAUCCACAUCUGAAUUAUUUUAUUGGCACGUGAAGGGAUUUUAGUUCCUGAGAGCUCUUUUAUUGUCUAACAUCUCAAAAAUGGUUUGAGUGAAUGACUAGGAGAGAGCAUUCAGAGCUCCAUAACCGCUACAAUGAGCUGCAGUUGUUAUGUUGCUAAAAGUGUCCUCUUAAGUGAAUACUCUUGUGGAUAUGUUACUAUUUGCAGUUUUGCAAGUUUAAUGAGGUCCUAUAUCCUUUUGUGUUUUUCUUCAUGUUUGUUUUAGCACCUUUCAUUGAAUGUUGAUUUUUUUUUUAUAACGCAAAACACCUUUUGAAUGCAACUUAGAUACCCUUUAUGUAAAUGGAUGUUCACCAUAGAUAUGCUGUUCCUUAUACUUUAUAUGGCAAUCAAGGUUAUUUUCGCCUUGUAACAGGAAUCCUGGCCUUUAUGAAAUGCAAUUGACAUUUACUGUUUGUUUUUUGUCUGCAGGCUGAACUAGAUGCCACGAUGGCUACACUUCGACAAAAGCAAAAAAAGCUAAAGGACGUAGAGGAACAAAUUAGAGAGCUGCAAGAUCAAUACGACACGAGCCUUGGAGAAAAAGAAAGCCUAGGUAACAAUACAUUUCUUAAAAACAAGGUCUUCAUUUUUGAAUGUGUCAAAAAGGACUUUAUUUUUCAACCAAAAAUAGUUAUUAUAUUAUUAUUAUAUUAUAAUAUUAUUUUAAAAGGUAUAACAAAUGUCUUGAAAUUUCUUUCUGAUUACACACUAUUUUAUCUCUGGUCUUUUCUGCAUAGAGCAAAACUAUAAUUUUAUUAAUUAUAUCAAUUGUAAUAUUAAAUUAUAUUUGCAAAAAAGAAAAAGGUACUAUAUAAUCUCCCAACCAAGACAAGAGGAAACGUGCCAAACACCCAACAGUGUACCUCACAUACACCAAUAUAAUAUGAACAAAAAAGUAAAUCUAUACUGUAUAAAAUACUAGUAUAGAUUAAAGGGGUAGCACAAAAAAUAUAUACAACCUGUAGAUAAUACAAGAAACUUCCUUCACAAGAUCUAAAAUAUAAGAAAAAUCACACAAUAGUGAAGCAUGUACAGUCAAUGUAUAAUACACUCCCGGAGGUAGAGAACUUACAGGACCAAACUGUAGAUCUGAACUUGUCUCCCUUCCAUAGGGUAUGUGGAUAAAAGGUUCUUUUCUUAGGAAGCUUGUAUAUACGGACCAAAGGUGCAAAUUCAAGACGCUCAAUCCUCAGAAGAAAAAGAGGUAUAUAGAGCAGUAUUGUAGAUAAAAAUUAAUUUAUUUAUACAAAAUGCACUUACAUCAAAUAAAAUUCAUAGCAGCAUAUCACCACUAACAAGUGGUACCCAGGAGAAAGAGUCUCUCUGUAGCAAAAUAUCCAACGCGUUUCGUCUUUUGAAAGACUUCUUCAGGGAUAAAGAAUUAAAAAUUCUGUUUUCUUUAUAUAGCCUUCACCAUUUGAAAUUGCCGCGGAAAAUUCAUUCACUUCCGGGUUCGGACUUCUCGGUUUUUGAUUGGACAUCCAUCGUGAUCACUUCCGGUGGAUGUAACAAGAUGUUUUUAUUUCCGCGUUCCAAGCUGGAACGCAUAGCGUCCAUAACGUGCGGCUAGAUGUAUUCAUUUCCGCGUUCCAAGUUGGAACGCAUGGCGUUUAUAACGUGCGGCUCUAUGCCAUGACACUUCCGCGUUCCACCGUGGAACGCACGGACAGACCCAGGCGCACAAGUUGCAUUUGGGGCACCGAACGUCCCAGAGUGGGACACAGGGAGAAAAUACCAAUGACCAUCUAG